AUGUUUGCUGCGGUGUCAGCGGCGGACCUCAGCUGCAGCUCAGAUGAAGGUUCGCUAGCAAAGCCGACAACUGCUAGACAGAAGCGUGCGCGAGAGAAGGCCAUCCCAGCGUCAGAGAAGCGCAAAGAAUGCUAUCUCCGUAGUUUGCUGGCCCGGGAUUGCACGUGCAAGCGGAAGUCUUGUUUCUCGCAAUUUGGCAAAGAUCCAGAUUUCACAACGCUCCAGCACUACCGUGAAGAGUGGUUCAGUCUCUCAAAGCCAGACCAAGACACUAUUGAUGCUCAGGUCAUCAUCACACUGACCUUCGAGCGUCCCAUAUCAUUGUGCAGGAAAGGAUGGACUGGCAUUGGUGUUCCUGUUGAAGUCACUGGGAUUGGCGGGCCAGGUGCCCCACACACGUUCGUGUUUGAGAGAAGGGAGGACGUGCAGCUGCAAGAUGGUGAGGUGAUUGAUAACAAGAUCUGGGGGUUUGACCCUCACCCGCAUGAUGUCAUUCUGAGGAGCGGGUGUUUUUCUUGUCCCAACCUAGCGGGCGCCAAUUGUUAUCUAUUCCCACUACAUGCGUUCGUGUCCAAGUUUCUGUGGUGUUUGUCAUAUUGUUCAAAACGCCGCUCGUUUGUAACAAGUAUGUCUGCAAGGAUUUUUCGUUAA